AUGGAGAGUUUGUACCGAGUCCCGUUCUUAGUGCUCGAAUGCCCGAACCUGAAGCUGAAGAAGCCGCCCUGGGUGCACAUGCCGUCGGCCAUGACGGUGUACGCUCUGGUGGUGGUGUCUUACUUCCUCAUCACCGGAGGAAUCAUUUAUGAUGUUAUUGUUGAGCCUCCAAGUGUCGGCUCAGUGACUGAUGAACACGGCCAUCAGAGACCAGUUGCUUUCUUAGCCUACAGAGUAAAUGGACAGUAUAUUAUGGAAGGACUUGCAUCCAGCUUCCUGUUUACAAUGGGAGGUUUAGGUUUUAUAAUCCUGGACCGAUCCAAUGCACCAAACAUCCCCAAACUCAAUAGGUUUCUUCUUCUAUUCAUUGGAUUCGUGUGUGUCCUAUUGAGUUUUUUCAUGGCUAGAGUAUUCAUGAGAAUGAAACUGCCGGGCUAUCUGAUGGGUUAG